GGGUGGGACAGGAACAGACGAGUGUGGGACAGGGCAAGGUGAGGAGCAACGGUAAAUGAGGGCGCAAGACAGGGUGGGUGUCCAGGGUAAGGGAGAGCAGAGCAAGGUGCGGCAGACAGGGACUAGCAGCGCGGAGAAAGCACAGAGGGAGUAGUUUGAAUUGGGCACAUUCCUCCCAUUGGCUCGUGCACAUCCUUCCCCUGCUGAUGUCAGGCUGCUGCAUCACUGCUGGAGGAAAGAGGCACGGGGAUCAGAAGGAAGCAGCCAGAUCUUGUCCUGGGCACGACGAGCCGCAUACCUUGGGGCACAUUGUGGGGACUGGCUGCUCUGUGGCCCCGGGCUGGCGCUGCGUAGUUGCUUUGUGUGGCACCGGCAAGAUACCCGCUAGCCUACGUGCCUUUUGCUGGCUGCAGAGCUGAGAUUCUCGGCCAUUUCCUCGUGUGGAUCCCGUUUAGUGGAGAUGUGGAUUUGCGUUUGUUUCUAGACGAAGCCAGGACUGCGGGUUCCCAUGGUGUGUGCAGUCUGAGGGGCCCCUGCUUCGGAUUUAAUGAGCGAAGGGCCACAAACUGCCGGCUCCCGAUUACUGGGCUUCUGUGCGCCCAUCGUCUGAUGAUGCUGCUCAAAGAGUACAGGAUCUGCAUGCCCCUCACUGUGGAGGAGUACAGAAUCGGGCAGCUCUACAUGAUCAGCAAGCACAGCCAUGAGCAGAGCGAGAGAGGGGAAGGAGUGGAGGUGAUGCAGAACGAGCCAUAUGAGGAUCCAGUACAUGGACAGGGCCAGCUGACUGAGAAGAGAGUCUAUCUGAACAGCAAAUUGCCAAGCUGGGCACGUGCUGUGGUCCCCAGGAUCUUCUAUGUGACCGAAAAGGCAUGGAACUAUUAUCCCUAUACAAUUACAGAAUAUACAUGCUCUUUCUUGCCGAAAUUCUCCAUCCAUAUAGAGACCAAAUAUGAAGAUAACAAGGGAAGCAAUGACAAUAUCUUUGAAUGUGAAGCCAAGGACGCUGAGAGGGAAGUCUGCUUUAUCGAUAUUGCAUAUGAUGAGAUCCCAGAACGAUAUUACAAGGAGUCAGAGGACCCCAAGAAUUUUGUGUCAGAGAAGACAGGCAGGGGGCUGCUGAAAGAGGGCUGGAGAGAGUCGCAGGAGCCAAUCAUGUGUUCCUACAAGCUGGUGGCUGUUAAGUUUGAGGUGUGGGGGCUGCAGAGCCGAGUGGAGCAGUUUGUGCACAAGGUGGUCAGAGACGUCCUACUGAUUGGGCACCGCCAGGCAUUUGCAUGGGUUGAUGAAUGGUAUGACAUGACUAUGGAUGAAGUCCGAGAGUAUGAGAGAACCACUCAGGAAGCCACAAAUCGGAAAAUUGGCACUUUCCCUCCAGCCAUAUCAAUUAGUGAUGUCACCCUGCCGUCCCAUGGUGGCCAUUCCAGUGCUCCAUCCACCCCUCUGACCACUGACGCUCCCGAAUUUCUCUCUGUUCCCAAGGACCGUCCCCGGAAAAAGUCUGCCCCAGAAACCCUGACUCUGCCGGAUCCCAUGCAGAUGUGCCUACACACUCAGCCAGGCGCCGAGCCCUGCAAUAAGCCAUCUCUUGCUAAGCCUGAAUAACCAGCCAUCUCUCAGGGGCUGGGGAAUCUUUAACUCCUUUACUGCCAGGGGGACUGCAGCACUUGGCACAACAGUGGUAUUUAACACCUUCUGGCCUUGACUAUUGAAGUGACGGUCCCUUUGCUUUGCCUCCUGACAAAUAGCUGAGUGUUGUCUCCUUUUAGUUUCUGCACCAUUGUUUCUGGGGUGGCCUACCCUGGUACCCUCCCUACAGGCAACAGAUGAGACUCCUUUCUAGAUUUCUCUUUAUAUUGGGAUCCAAGUAACCCCAGCACUUGGACAACAUCCCAGUUCCAAUCACUGCGGGCUGCCGUUGCUACAAGCGUUGGCCAAUCUACCAUUAAAUUUACAGUCUUCCCCCCCCCCCCAGUCAGAUGGGCUCUGAUGUUUGGUACCACUCAUUUUCUUGUGUCCAGUAGGAUGUAGCCUCAUGGAUCAGGCAGCCCAACUCUUUUGAGUUGAUAGAACAGAGUCAGAGAGAAAUGCUGGGGUCAAUUUGUUUGGGUGCCAGGUUCCCAUACCUACAGAUUCAUAGGCACAGUUAUUGCCUUGUCCAUUAAACUGCCCAAUGUGACUGCAUUUUGUUGUUAAAUGGUGCAUCCAGUAAUUCUGUUUGGUUUUACCUCCUCAGAUAAGUCAGUGGUAAAAUACUUCAAGUCAGUAAAUACAAGGGCUUUGGUCUUUCAGGGUGAUCCCUUUGUUUUCUAUUUACACCAGAUAAUGGCAGAUAAUCUGAUGUUCUGUCUGUGAGGAUCACCCAUGUGAGUUAGAGCCCCCCUUGAUGAGAGACAUACAAAGCACCACACGCUGAUGUUUAUAGUAAGGCAAAUGUGAACAGCUUAACCACAAUAACUUGCAGACUUCAGUCCCCCUUGGGUUGCAGUACCAUGCAUGCUUGCUGUUUUGCUGAGAUCGGUGCAAGAGGCUGCUCAGGGGGUCACACAAAGAUGGCAGAUAAUUCUCCAUGAUGGAUCUGUUUGGGGGCAUAUCCAAACAUCUCUCUAGGUAUCUGGAUAGAUAUUCAUGGUUGAGGUUAGAAGUCUGUGGCUACUUUGUCUAGAGGAGUAACAAAGCAUUGGCCAAAGAUUGAGCAGCAGAUAUGGAUAUGCUUCCAUUUGGCAGUUAAAGGGUUAAAUGAGACCACCGCCAGAGAGGGAGGGAAUGACUGGAUAUUUUGCUUUGUACCCUAGAUUUGGGGUGGGUGUAGGGGAUCCUGCUUUAAGCUGAUGUUGGGGUGCAUGUAAGGAAAUAUCAAUAGUUAAGCACAUUUGUCGCUAGGUUGCAGCAUGAGGGGGGUUUAGGGAUAGAGCUUUCAGACGUCAUGGUUUGUAAGCAUUAUAUUAGGGAGACAUUUAUAUACACAGAUUUGAGAAUAAGCCUCCUCCAUAGCAUGAGCUGCAAUUUCCAUGGCCCCCAUGGGGGUAACAGAACUGUUAUUCAUAUGUGAAGGGGGGUUUGGACAUUGUAGUGCUGUCCCAUUGCAAGGGCUCAGACUGUUUUUAGCAUUUGGGCUCAAAUAAAUUUCACUAAGUACAUGAAAUAUAGAUUGCUUUCUGGGAAUCUUCCCGUGAAAGCCAAAUGGCUUGGGUGAGUGUGACACAACUGAUAUGUGGGUGUAUGACAUGGACUGAUGCCAUGUAUGUGAGAAGCAUGGCACUAGUGACUAUGGCUGAAUGGUUGACAUGGGAUAUUGGCCUGACUCUGGGUCCGGAGGAGGCAGAGGCUUAUAAUGCCCUUUUUCAUGAUGUUUCCUAGGGGGUGCCCAAUAUGGGCUGUAAUUGUGAUAUAUUGCUACUGAGGUUCUCUUUCAUGGAAAAUAAAGGUGUAAUUUAUUGCAUUUUCCAUUCUCCUGGGCAAUAUCAUGGAACCUGGCCCAUCAUGAGAUGUAGACUGUGCUUAUUGUGCUGUACUUGUUUAUUGUACAACCUAUGAGUAGAUCUUGUUGACCAUUCUGAUGAAUGCAAUAUGGCAUUGCUGCUUGAAAGUAUGAGGCUACAGUCAGAAUCAUUGUGGCACCACCAGGUGGAAAUUAAUGGAUAAAGACAAGAAUCAGUUGUUACAUGCCAAAUAAGGCACAGGUCUGGUGGGCCACUGAGUGAUACCAGAGCUUCAUGCCCUACCCGUGUAGGUGAGUUUUUUAGCUCAUAUAUUCGUAUGUGCACAACUGUCUGUACCUUUUCUAGGCAGAAAGGGGGUGAUGAUACUGAGCCCAAUGCUACUACCAGACAUGACCUGGUUCCUGGUAAAGUGCUGAAUUGUUUAUAUGCAGUGAUUAUUGCAGUUGUAUAAACUCAUUAAGGCGUUUAAAUUGUUGGGGUUAUUGCAUUGGAUUUGGUGUCAUGUGGCCAGUACUGUUGUGCUAUACUAAAUAGAAUUACCCACAUUUCCUCAAGUAAUUCCAUGACAAUGAGCAAAGUUGGCAUCUGAAGGAUCUGCCCCACUAGUCUGAACCUGUGCUGCCCAGUAUCAGUUCUACUUAUUACUGUGACUUAUGUAUGGUCUUGAUCUAAGUCCCUGUUCCCUACAGAAACCACAUUGGAUCCAGGUUUUGCCACUAUCUGUAGGUUGGAUUUAGGUCAAUACACCACUUAAAGUAUAUACUGACCUCAGGGAGUGUUUGGCUGAACAUUGGGUCUUCCUAUUCCCUGGUAGAUGGGCUGUAUUUUCUCAACAUGCUGAGAAUGCUUUUGUUCAUAGGGCCCAGACCCAUCUCAGGUCAGUGGAGAAAGGACUUCACUUUCAGCUGAGUAAGGGAGACAUUUGUGCCUGCAAUUUAUAACCUGACAAUGGAAAGUAAAUAAUGGCUAAGUAGGAAAUAUAAAUCUAUAUAUGAUAUAUACUGUACAUAGGGACUCCUAAUAGACAGUAUCUGCCUGAGUUUAUUUAAAAUAAAUGCGUUACCUGCAUGUUUAGCACAAAAUGACACAGACAGCAGGAAAACUAUCAGGGUUUGCGCUUUUUCCCCAAAUCUGUGUCUUUUGACUUUGGGACAAACCUUCCCCUUGGGUUAACUCUGCCUGGGGAUCUGGCAGAUAAAAUUAGUCUCAUUGUUCUGUCCUAGACUAGUGAGAGCUGCUGGCCAUCAUUGGGUUUAAUGUUAGCAGAUAAUUCCCAUGUGGAUUGGUAUAUACCUCACUACCGUCUUCCUUAAUAGAAAUGGGACCCUUACCCCUAAGGAAGCUGGAAAGUUUGUGGUGCCAGCUCCUAAUGCCAUCCUGCUGUCAUUAAUCUUCGAGUGUCAUUGCUACUCAAUCAUCAUUUUCGGCUUGUAAUAUGGGGGCUUGUACCAAGAAUUCAACCUAUAGGAUAAUGCCCCCCAUAAUGUCCUCUCAUUUCUGUAUUGUCUUUGAUUGUAUUAUAAAUGAGCCAGACCCACUUCAUUAUCUGCCCCCAUGAUCUUCUAUUUGUGUUGCACCAGAUUUCUCCUCGUUGUGUUGCUUUGUGAGAGGUUCCUGCUGACCAAUUUCUGCCAAUAGCCAAAACACAAUCUGCUCUUCCUUCCCAUUUUAUUGUACAGCCCUAAGCAUCUAUUGCCAUCACUUAUAUCAGAAUCAGGGAUCUAUAACCAGUAAUGGACUUUGUGGGAUCUUAUGGACCCUGUAUGAAUACACCACCAGUACAUUGAUAGACAGAUAUCUUGAAAUACAGGCAGCCUCUUGUGAGGGUGCUCAAAAGCGGCCACAAUGCCCACCUCCUUGCACUAUAAGUGUUUGUGCUGGGUCAAAAUCAUGUGCUGGAAACCCAAUAAAGCCAAAACCCUACUGUAUUCCCCUUUCAUCUUAUAAUAAGAAAAGCAACUCUGUGAGCCAGUGAUGGCAAGUAUGUUCCACAUCAGCUUCUAGAUGCACGAUGGAAGUUGCAGUCGGCUGAGCCUUCCUACUUUCCUGCCUCCAUUAGAAGAUGAGCACAAUUGACAAAUAAGGAUAUGAUUUCUGAUCAUAUAAGGGAAUUUUUCCAAAACACUUGACUUUAUUGGCAAAGUGAAGCAUUUACAUUAUGCACUUGGGACUGAAUGUUGCUGUGUGGGCCCAGUGUGUAUCUGUUUCCCCUAUAAAAAGAGAAAAAAGUGACCUCUAAAUAGGAGGCUGAGGAAAAGGAUGGCAUGUAAAAUUCCCUGAAUUGAAGGCCAUAUUUUAUAUAUACAUUGCUUUUCAUAUCAUGGGGUUAUCGGUGCUGUCUGAUUUGCAUUUUUAAGUCUGUAUUUUCAAAUGUUUAUAUGGUUCUAUAGGGUAUAGUUGCCCAGGAAUUCCCCCACAAGUCCAGUGUCUUCAUGUGAUGGUAGUGAAACAUUUGGCACAUGUGACCCAGAACAUCUGCUGGUCCAAGAAAAGGUUUUAUACUUAGUUGUGCAGUUCUGUGAUGGAGCUGGUUUGAGCGCUGCUGCCUGCAUUCUAAGGACCACAGUUCUGUCAGAGUGAUCCAUGCUCUAGCAGUGACUACGCAUAGCAGUGGGAUUCUAUGGAUGGGCCACCUGGCACUGCUGUCUCUGUAUUUAUUACUUUUGUUACAUUUCAUCAUUUCCCUUCUGUUUUAUUGUAAAUAAAGAAUGAAGAACCUUU